AUGAGCUCACAAAACUGUUCAGGGCAAACUUCAGGACUGGUUCAAUUUCCGCAACCCACAAGACCAAUAAACAGCUACAAGGACAUGACGAGCUCAAUGGCACUGCCUCAACCCACAAGGCCAAUUAGCCUAGACAAUAUCACUUGUACGAAUUCCGAGCCAUACUUGCCGAAAAAAGAAGCCAGACUUCCGCAAGAAUUUGUUGAUCAUGUUAAUCUGGCACCGCCAGCCGAAGAGGAAGACAAGGAAGCUCUUCAUGGGUUGCUUGAAAUCAUCUCAGAGCUUUAUGAAAAAGUUCCUGCAAAAUUAGCAGACCACUUACGUGAUAUGGAUGGAACAAAAGCUCUACCCACUGUGCUAAAGGGUUCUACUGCUAGUCGUGGCCUUGAAGCUGUGGAUUUGUCAAAGAAGCUUGAGCGCUUCAAGAUACGAACUUUCGAUUCGGAAGGAGUUGUGAAGGAGGAACAGAAGCGAUAA